AUGUAGGAUAUGUCAAAUCCUAGGCUACAAUAUCUUAGUGUCUUAAGGAAUUUACAUUUUAUUCUCAGUAAAACACUAACAUUUCUUUGAUAAAAUGGGAGACGUCAGUGAGGAGACGCUAUUGAACUACAUUUAUUCUUUAGGUGGCAAAGUUAGAAAUGCAGAUAUAUUGAAAAAAUACAAACCCUUCAUAAGCCAUAACGACUUACAACUGCGCGCCAAAUACAGGGAGGAGUUCAAAGCCAUCAUUGACCGAAUUGCAGUGGUGAAGUCAGAGAAUGGGGAGAAAUACCUGGUUUUGAAGAAGCGCUACCGACAGCAGUUGCAGGACAGAGACAGAAGUGAUCAGACGUUGCCAGCUUGCACAUCUCUCCUAUCUGAGGGAGCUGGGUCAUCACCUAUUCCUCACUCUCAGGACGACCAGCACAGCCUGGCCACAGAUGUGGACGGCAACUGCUCAGAAUCGGAGAGGGAGAGGGAGAAAGGGGGAUCUAGAACAGUAGUCUGGGACGGACCAACUAUUACCAUCACAGAGUCUCUGAGUCGGCUUGCUGAUCAGCAGGAUGUAAAAGCAGACUCUGAUGUUUUGAGUUUGAGAGAGGUCUCCACACUGAGCUCAGAGGACACCCCAGAACCCACUGAUGCAGAAGAUGAGGUUGAGAAAGAGUCUAAGUCAGACCAUGAGUUGAACCAAGAGGAGGAAUGUGCGGGUGACUCUGUGGCGCUGGAUCCUGUAGAGAAGGACUGGCUCUACUCAGCAGCCUGCGCCCAGCUCUCCCACCUGACACAACUGCUGGAGCAGGAGCCUGCACUGGCAAAUAAAAAGGACUUCACAUCUGGGUUUACAGCUCUGCAUUGGGCAGCUAAGCAUGGCAAAGAAGACAUGACCAGAGCUAUGGCUAAUGCCGGAGCUGACAUCAAUUCCAGAGCUCAUGGGGGAUACACACCUCUUCACAUCGCUGCCCUGCAUGGCCAUCGACACGUAAUGGAUUUGCUCGUAGGAACCUAUGGGGCAAAGGACAACCUGCGUGACUACAGUGGACAUUUUGCUUACUAUUACAUCAGCCCCAGAGACCCAGCGGAAGAGGACUCUGAGCUACACGGCCCAGAGUAUCAUGCAGUCCAGGUGAGUGAGCGCAAGAACAGGAAGUUGGCGUCAUUAUUCCACUCAAAGAAGAAGUGGGGUUCAGCAGAAGAGCUCGCCGCUAUUCCUGAAGAGAGGAACACAUCCCAUCAGCUCAUGGUCCCAGCAUUCCGGCCCAGGAAGUUCUCCCGCUAACAAAGCAGCAUCAACUGUCCGCAUCACACAUCAAGACCCCAGCACACAGACUUAUUCUCACACAACAACAGAUAACAAUCGCCCAGGAAGUUCUCCCGCUAACAAAGCAGCAUCAACUGUCCGCAUAACACAUCAAGACCCCAGCACACAGACUUAUUCUCACACAACAACAGAUAACAAUCGCCUCAUACAUACACAGAGAAUGUUUUGUUUUGCUUACACAACACAGAUUUAUUUGCCAUUAGUAUACCUGUUACCUUUAAACAUGAAUGCACUUACAAAGCAUUAUGAGUUUGUUGUAUAAGCCCUGCACAACUGUUAUUAUGGAAGCUUGUAUAGAACCACAAAUGUCUUCAUCAAAAGCAUAUGAUAAAUUAACAACAUUUAAAAUGUAAUUUUGGAGGUAAAAAAUGUAUUACACAUUAUGAGACUUCAUAAGGGCUUAUACGAAAACAUUUAUACAUUAUAAGAUUUUUACGUACAGUCAUGGCUAGGUAUUAAUAGUUGGUUAAAUAGUAAAAUGAUCUCAAUCAUUAUUUCAAUUUUCAGCAUAUUUAUUUAAGCAGAUAAAUCCCAUUGAGAUUGAAUUUAUUUUUUUAGAGAAACCGGAGAGAACAUACAAAAUGACAUCAUAAUAAUCUCUUGCAGAUUGUCUAUUACAACACAAAUUGAAUAGCACGUGCCAGCGAGAAAAAUAAUUAAAUAAAUAAAUCGUAAGAAUAUACGAUCAUAGGCAUAGGUUGAAUUUUUCUUUUUUUUUAAAAGAAACACAAUUCGGAAGGAUUCACAAAUAUUAAGGUAAAAUCAUAUUAGAUUCAGAGAAGAUAACAAAUAAUACCAUUAUGAUAAUAAUAACAUACAAAUUAUUAUCAUAGUUAUGAAGCAAUAUUUACAUUAUGUUUUACACAAUAUGAUACACAAUUCGUUGUGCACAAUGUGAUACAUAAUAAGGUACACAACUUCUCAUACAAUGGUUAUGAUUAUAUUUAGCAGACACUUUUGUCCAAUUUAAUAUGAUACACAACCUGUUAUUACAUGAUUCUUUUCUCGCUUGACAUGUCCGAUAUAAUAGCAUUGAGUUGCCAUGGUAAAUCAGGCCUUUUGGGUGGUUUGGCCCCAUCAUUGCUGCUUGCAGCUUUAUGUUACGUUUUAUUGGAUAUAAAGUGUUACACUUCCAUAGCAGUUACUAUUGCCUUUUAGCUGUUUAAAGGUAAACUAUGCAGUAUUGGCGAUUUCCUUACUGUUUUCUCGGUUUUUGCUUCUUUUUCGCUGGCUCUGUCAUGAC